AACUACUAUUCCUACAUAGAUAAUAACGUCAACGCUGUUACCUCAACUGCAGGCCCGGAAGCAAGCAAACUCACAGUCCUUACUCAGGAACAACUGAACAAGCGACUAUCUCAACAUUCAAAAGAAACUGAUAGAGUCAGAGAGGCGGGUACAAGCCCUGCGCCGUUGACGCCAGCUCCUCGGGUCAUCGGAACGACGACCGCGGGACGGCUUCGUUUUCCAGAUAGCAUUGCCGACUUUCCAGCACCUGCAACAAGUCCUGUGCUUGCGGGUUACUCCCUGGAAACGCUUGACCCGGCUUCCGCAACGUGCAAGCGGAGCAACGGCUUGCCGACAGUCUAUACUGCUGCGACUUCAACAACACCGGUCACGCCGAAUAGCACGGCAGGCGUUGCCUUAUUCUCACAACUUUCAAGCAGCGGACGGCAAGUCGUAGAUGCUGCAAGCAUGCAAGCGCUUGCAAGCGGGCAAGCGCCUUUGCAACUGCCGCAGCUAGACAGUGGCUCUUCUUAUCCAUGGCAGCAGCAGCAGUUGCAACUUCAGCAGCAGCAGCACGCGGUUGGCGGGCAACAUGCCCUUCUGGCGGGAGCUAGCGGGAGUUGCACUAUGGAACCUUCUCCAGACCAGCGUUCAUUUGGAGUCUUUACGGAGGAUGCUUCUUUGAUGAUUAACGCUGCCUCUCCCGGUCAUGGCCUGUUCCACCUGGCCAACGAAGCUGGCGAGUCAGAACCGGCAAACGCAGCUGCUCGCUCGGGAUUCACGGCAACAUUUGAAGGUGGUGACAACGACGCGCAGCGGGGCUGGAGCGGCAGUCACCUGGCGAUACCAACGUUUGACCAGCAGCGGGUACAGGAGCAAGGGCCGGACCUGGGCUUCCCCGUCGCAGCAGCCAUGCAGCAGCCGCAGCAGCCGGCUGCCGAGCCAACUUCUUCGCACGACAACUUCUUCGACCCGAUCAGCGAGCCCGCUGCACCCGACCUAGGGCAGGCGGCAUUGCCCUCCCAACCUCCUGGCCACCAACACAGCCCAGAGCAGCAGCAGCAGCACCAGCAGCAGCAGAUGUUGCCGCUGUACCCUCAAGGCCAGCCCUCAGCUGCAGCCCACAGCGGUGUUGCCUCUCCGUCCCGUCUUCACGCAUCACAUCCAGCCAACAACGGCGAGGCCGCUCCCGCUCACACCACCGCUGCGGCGGCAGCCACCUCCCAGGACCCCGACCGGCCCCUGGUGCCAGAGGGCACCCCUACCUUCAACCUCAACCAGCCACCCGCCUCGGGGCCACCUGCCCAACCCCUCCAGGGCGGCGUGAUCCAGUCAGGGACCGGGUCAGGGGCAGGCGCCCAGGCUGCCGGCGUUGCUGCAAGUCCGCACCCAGAGGGUGGGCCUCACAGCCAUGCAGGGCCGGCGGCGCCGACUAGCAUUGCCACCGCAUUACAAAGCUCGGCUCCACCGGCGGCGGCCAGCGUGCAGCAACCACCUGGCGGGGCGGGACAGGGUCCUAGUUCGCAUGCAGUGGGGCCCACCGUUGGGUUGGGGUCUCCUGAUAGCUCGCAGCCGGCGGGGCCGGUGGCGGGUUCUGGCGGACUCGGAGACGCGACAGCCCACGUGCGCGAGCAGCAGCAGCAACAGCAACCUCAACAACCUCAACUCCAGCCAGGGCACGCUGAGCCUCAGCUGCAGCAACAACAUCUGCAGCUGCACGGAGCACAGCCGCUGCAGCAGCAGCAGCAGCAACAAGAAGCUGCACUGCCGCCCAGUGCAGGCGGUGGUGGGCUGUCCCUGCGGCGCAUCACGCCGCCCCCAGGAGCGGGUGCCCAUGCCGCACCCCAGCAGCACCAACCGCCAGAACCACCACCGCCACCACAGCAGCAACCCUACCUGCAGCAGAGCGCCAUGCAGCCACCCCUGCUGCCCCAGCAACCCUCCACAGUGCUGCCGCCAGCCGCCCAGGGCUACACCGGGGCCGCUGCAGGGGGUGCCAGCGGGGGCUACUUCCCGCACCCCGGCCUGCACCCUGGUCCGGCUGCCUUGGGCACAACAACAGGUGGCUCAGCCACCACCAACGCAUCUGCAUCCGCCGCCGCGACCGCUGUCACCAACAGCGCACCCAGCAUCGCCAGCGGCGGCAUGGCGAGCUCCACCAGCGCUGGCGGCCCCGCCAUAGCAGGCAUGGCGGGUAUGCCGGGCUUUGGCAUGGCGCCGCAGUUUGGCAUGCCGGCCACCAUGUUGCAACCGACAGCGGCAGCAGCAGCCGCCCAGCAUGCUGCAGCCUUUGGGCCAUCGGGCACCGUCGCGCCGACCAGUGUCGGCGGCGGGCAGCAGAUGCAGCAGGCUCCCCAACAAUCACACCAAGGCAACCUCAUGUGGCCUGCUGCAGCAGCUGCUGCCGCUGCCGCCAUGUCGGCCUGGUCCCCCUGGUCCAGCCUUUUCAUGCCCAUGGGCUUCCCAGGCGGGCCCGCGGCAGCGGCGGCAGGAGCAGCACCAGACGCUUCAGGUUUCGGAGCUGGUCUUGGCAUGGGGGCUCCGAGCGCUGCCGGGGGCAGCAUGCAUGGCAUGGGGGCGGCUUCCGCCCCUCAUACGCAGCAGCAGCUACAACUGCAGCAGCAGCAGCAACUGCUGUUGCAGCAGCAGCAGGCGAGGAUGGCGGCGGGUGGUAUGAAUCCAGCUAUGAUGGGCAUGUUCCCUGCGUUCGCGGGUACCCCUGGCGCCGCUAGCGGUGUUAGCGAGCAGCAUCAGCAGCAGCAACACCUCCUCCAGCAGCAGCAACAACAGUACAUGAUGCAGAUGCAGCAGUUCUACCAGCAGCAACAACAGCAUAUGCAACGGCAGGCAGGCGCAGGUACAGGCGUUAGCAGCGGUGACGACGGCCAUGCGGGGAUGACAGCUCUGGCUGCAUCCAUGCAGCAACCUCGGGUGCCUGCUGGUCAGCCCCUGCCGACCAGCACCCCCGCUCAGCACCCGCAACCCGCUGCUGCCGGCAUGCUGCAGAGCAUGUGGCGGCCGCCCUUCAACAUGUUCCUGCCGGGCAUGGCGGCGGCGGGCAUGAUGGGCUUGGGCAUGGGCAUGUACUGGCCGGGGCAGGCGGCCAUGCAGGCUGCUGCUCCCACCGCGGCGGCGACUCAGCAGACCGGCACUGUGGACGCCGCUGCAGCUGGUGGUGCACAGUUCCCUGGAAUGUUCAACCCCGCAGCAGGUGCUGCUGCCAUGAUGCCGCAUGCGGGCUUCACGGCAACAGCACCGCCGACGGCGGGGGCUACGUUAGCAGCCGGUGGCAUGGUUGGCGGCGGCGGCUCCUCGGCGGCAAAGGCGACGUUGCCAGGACGGCGUGCCGCGCCGAGCGCGACAGCGGCAGAGAAGGGCGGCGGCGUGUUGGGGACGCCGGCGUUGCUGCAAUCGGAACAGCAGCCCGCAGUCGGUGCGGGUGGUGCCUCGGUACGGACCAAGUCCCCUGCUCCGAGCUUUCCAACGGACGCUGCUGCCACCAGCCGUGGCGGCGGCGGCACCACCCCCGGACACACCACUAUUGCUGAAGCGAUGGCGGCAGGUCCAAUCGCCGCGACGACCGUAGGAGCGGCAUUACCACCGCUGCCGCCGACGGCAGCAACCGCCACCACCUCCUCCCGCGGGCAGCGUCCCACCGGCCGGGCACCCGGCGGCUCCCCCGCUCCCUCAGCUCUAGCGGCCCGAGGUGCACCUCCGCCCCGUCGCGACAGCUCCACCUCCGGUGUGACGGCGACACCUGCGCCCCUUGACACUGCAGCCGGCGCUGCUGCUGCUGCCGGCGGCGGCGGCAUCGCAGCGACUGCAACUACUGCGGAGACCACAGCCGCUGCCUCUGUUGCCGCCGCCACUGCGGCCGUGGCUCCCCGCCUGCAGUCCGUGGCCAGUGCUGACCUGGCGGUGGUGGAUGCGCUGCAGCUGCUGGCGGCCAGUCCGCCGCAGAGCCCGCCGCAUGCCUACGAGCGGCGCGUGUCGGGCGGCUCGGGCGCCAGCGUCACUACGGGGGCGGGCGCAGCAGCGGCGGGCGGGGGAAGCAGGCGGUCGUCGGAGGUUGGCGGAGGGGCCGGCGCAGGUGCUGCCGCGGGUGCUGCUGGUGCUACUGCUGCGGGUGAGCGGAAGGAGGCCGAGGGCGGAGUGCAACAGCAACCCGGCGACGUGGGUGAUGGUGCUGUUGCUGGGGCAGGUGUCAAGACGGAAGCGGAGGCACCUGCGGCGGCUCAACAGCCGCACUGCGACGGCGGCGGCCCUUCACGGCUGCAGCUGCCGCAGCCUGCGCAGACAGCGCACCGGCUGUUCGACCUGCCGGAAGCCGUCCCCAUCCAGAGGCCGCAGCACUCCGGUGGCGCCGUGCCGCCAGCCAUCCUCCCGCAGGCACGAGCGGGCCCGGCAUCGUCCGGACUCGGACGCGCCUACUACGCGCCCUCUCCUCCGCUGGCAGCAGCCGGAGCCCUGCCGGCGGGGGUCCCGGGGGCGCUGCUGCCGCCGACCGGGGCGGUGGCGGGUCCGUUGGACCGGCAGCGGCUGCUGCACCUGGCGGCGGUGGGUGUGGAGAAGGUACGCCGGCGUGGCGGGGCGGCGGGCAUGUCCGCCGCGGGGUCAGCGGAGGCGCAUGGUACGGACGGCGACGAGGGCGACGUGGUGUCGGCGGCGGAGCUGCUGGUGCUGCUGCCGCCGGGUGCCAAGCGCCCGCGGAGCCGCCGCGUCCGGGCCCGCGCCGGCACCGCUUGGAGCUCCCUCCUGGGGAGCCUGCAGCAGGUGAUCCUGGAGGCUGACGCGGCGACUGAGGGUGCUAGCGGCGCCGCCGUCGCGGCCUUGAAGCGGCGCGUUACCCCGCCGGCGACGCUGUCCACGACAAUGGAGGCGGGUGACGCAGGCGGUGCAGGGCUGGCUGGCGGCGGCGAUGGCGCGAGCACACGACACGGCGGCGAACGGCGAGUGAAGUGGGCUCGGGAGGCGCUUGCAGGGGCGGAUGAGAUGGAGGAGCUGGUGGGUGAGGAGGAGGAGGAAGGUGCGGUUGGUGCGGGAGUGGGCGUGGAGGAGGGGGAUGAGGAUUCAUACCUGCCGCACCAGCGGCGGCGGGGUGCUGAGGUCCUCGGCGGCGAUUAUGACAGCGGCGGUGGCGGCGACGACGAUGACAGUGACGAGGAUUACGGCGAGCGGCGGCGACGACGACGAGGCGGCGGCGGCGGCCGAGGCCGUCGUACUGGCGGAGGCGGAGGUACCCGUCGUAGCGGCGGCGCCGCCGCCACCGCCCAUGAAAGCGACGUCGAGGAUGAAUCCGACGACGGCGAUGGAGACGGGGACGCGGGCGGCGCAGGUCUUGCCGGUGGCGAUGACAGCGGCGGCAUGUCAGCGGCGGCGCGGCGUCGUCGCAACGGCCAUGGCCGGCCGCCUGGCGCCGGCAACCUCCGCAAGAUGAAGCCGCGCAAGGUGCAGUCGGACGGCCGACUGGGUUUCUCCAUGCGCUCAUCCAAAUACACGGGCGUCUACCGCACCCCCGGCGGCCGCUGGCGCGCGCAGUUCUGCUACCGCGGUGCCGUACACCAGCUGGGGAUGUACGACACGGAGCGCGAGGCGGCGGCGGCGUGGGAUCAGGCGGUGGUGACGUUCCGAGGGAGCGCCUCGGGUGUGCAGCUCAACUUGCCGCAGCUGCUCAACUCGUACGACCUGCAGAACGUCCGCGAGCACAUCCACCGCAUCCUGGACGCCAAGAUCGCCACCACCCGCACCAAGCGCUGCCUCAACUCCUACGCGCGCAACCCGCCCGGCCCCACCAGCCCCUCGCGUGUCGUACCCGCUGCCGUCAUUGACACCAUCGUGACGGACGCCGGCGGCAGCGGUGCCGACGACGGCCUAGGCCUGCCGUACUCGGUGAGCGGCGGCAUUUCCGUGGCGGGUCGGGAGGAUGACGCCGCGGGCGGCCCUGGCGGCGGCCCUGGGUCCAGCAGCGGCGCUGGCGGCGGCGUCAGCGGCCGGACGUCACGGAGUGGCUCCCGGAGCGCUGGGACGGGGCAGCAGCAGCGUCGCCGGCGCCGUAUGAGCAGCAGCGACGGUGGCGGUGGCGGCGCCCGCAGGGCUGGUGGUGGUGGUGGUACUGACAGUGAGAGCGACGGCGGAGAAGGGGAGGGGCGUGCGACUGGCCGUGCAAGGCAGCGGCGGCGGCUCAGUGACGCCGGCGGAGGCCUUCUUGACGGCGGGGCGCAGGGGGCGCUGCAGCAGCUGUCGGCGGCGGCAGUGGCCAAUAGCAUGGAGGUUGGGGCAGCACUGUCAGCAAUUGCGCCGUUGCAGCUGCCGCUGAGCUCGGUUGGGCUUCCUGCCGCAGCUGCGGACGGUGGCGCCGCCGCCGGCCAGCGAUUAGGCGCGCUGGAUGUGGGUGGUGUUGCGCUGCUAGGGCUAGCGGCGCUGCGGCGGCAGCUGCCGCUGGCGCCACAGGAGGAGCGGGUUGCGGGCGGGGCAGCGGGUGGGGCGGGGGAGUUGUUGCACCGCGUGGGGGCACUGGCGGGGCCGCCCUUGCCGCCGGCUGGGGCGACAGCUGAGGCGGCGCCACAUGCGCGAGAGGCGGCAGCGGCACCUGCGGGCCCGUCCAGGACUGCGUCAGGCACCGCUGCCUCUGCGCUGCCUGGCAGCAGCGACGGAGGAACGGCGGGUGCGGUUGGUGGCGGUUGGUGCGGCAGCAGCAGCGGCGGUGAGGGGGACGGCGGCGGCCGGGAGCGACCUCCGUCGCCGAAGCGCCGGAAGAGCCAUGCAGUUCGGUCUCGGGAUUGCUAGGCAGUCAGCCCAGCCGCAUCCAUCCUUCCACAAGCCACCGCAUGCAGGUGUUGUUGUUGUUGUUGCCGUGCAUGAUGGGAGCCUGCAUGCAUGCGCGCAUCGACCACACGCAUACCUUUCCUUAUGCGCCCGGCGGGCUGUGCGGCCGCGGCUUCCUGCGGGUGUGAGGUGGCAGCGCUUGGACAUAUGAUGGCAUUCGCGUGUGGAGCAGUGCAUGUGUUUGUCGUGUGGGAGGUGAACAGGUGAUGGUUGGAGCGGCGGCGUCCAGGGCGACGUCUCCUUUUCCGGGAUUCCGCCGGCAUUGGUCCGGCCGACGUUCGGUGAUGCUGCUUGACCUUGUCCAUGAUGAUGCCCGGUACACUGCCUUCUUGUGGGUUUUGAGGCUCGUUGUGGGUUCACGCGUUUAGGUAGGGGAUGGGAGGGGGCCUAACACAUGAAGAAGAUCUAUGUGGCAUGCCAGCCAUGCCAGCCCAGUGUGACUCAUCCGUGCGGCUGGCACGCACGCACACGCCCAUGUAGCAUAUGCACUUAGCACGCGACAUUCUUGCGCUGUUGUUUGAGAUUACGAGGGUAAAAGGCGGCCGCCCCUUGGACUAAUGUUACAAUGUUAGAUAAAUAACUCCAAGGCUUGCAUAGGCCAUACGUUUCUUAACUUGCACGUCCCGGGGCGCUCUUUCCUCUUGUUGGCGGUGGUCGUGGGUACAUACAAGCCAUGGUAUUGUCCUGACCAAAAGCCCCGUGUUGUUGUUCUGUGGGUUGAGGUCGCUGGAUUGAGGUUGACAGUGUGUUGGUAUGAUGUCGUCCGGAGAACCGUCGUCCGGACCUCUGGGAGGACACAUGGACGUAGCGUUGCUUGCUGGUAGUGUUGGCGGUGUUGGGAGAAGUGCGUGCUGUACAAAUGUUAGGAAUGUGGUCAGGGCCGGGGGGGCGCGCGCGUCUCUUUCCCUUGUGGAGCUGCACCCGGCAUUGUCCCGUGUGGGGAGGUGAUGGACGGAUGAUGGAAGAAGAAAUGUGGCAACAGCACACUGCCCCCCAGAAGCGCCGGCUUGCUGAACAGUUCCUGGAAAGAGCGUAAUUGUUUGGGUGUGUGUGCUUAUUUGGUGAAGCUGCUGUGUGGACGAAUACCAUUUGUUUCCCUUUCGUUUCUUCGUGCGGGUUCCCUUUGCCCAAUGGCUAUAUAGUCCCUGGCGCAGGGCUGUCCGGGAUGAAGAUGGCGCCCUUGUGUGGCGAAAUACAUGGCUGCUUUGCUUGAGGACCUCCUAAAGCGGCAGCUUGAUUUUUUUUAAAAGAACGAAUGUUGUGCGAAUAUUUCCGUGCGGUUGUUGGUUGGUGCUGUUUGUGCACUUUCUGUAGGUACUGGCACACGUCGGGAGUGUUCUUCGUCCAUUCCUCCUCUCCAUGUACGUCGCGCAUUCCGUGGUUCAAGCGCGUGUGGGUUGUUGUCGUUUCCCUGUUGUGCUGGAGUAGGAGGUUCGUGUCGGCUGGCAAUGCCCCGUUGUGGAGGCAUGUCCAGAGCCCUGUAUUCGACUCCCUCUCCCAUCAUUCGCCGAUAAACGCUGUUUGCGAGUGCUUAUCGGCUAGUACAUGUUGCUGACACACUUGCUGCUGGAGGUGAUGGAAGCGUGGAUUGUUCAAGGGGGUCAAAGCGUCUUAACCGCAUGGGUGACGUUGCAUCGCAUGUGUGCAGGGAAGCUGCUGUGCGUGUGGCUAAGUGGGCGGUUCCUGGACGCACGCAUGUGCAUACACAUUGCAACCUGACGGUCUGAUGUGCUUUUCUCCGCUUAAAGCCUGCA